UUCUGCAUUCUCAACAGGCUCACCUAUGGUGGUUAAGAACAUAACUACUGAUCAGUCUGCCCUUGUUGCCUUUAAAAGCUGUAUAACUAGUGACCCUAUAGACCUUUUGGCUACAAACUGGCCUACUGCUACCUCUGUCUGCAGCUGGAUUGGGGUCACCUGCGGAAUCCGCCACCGUAGAGUUACAGCCUUGGAUCUCUCUAACAUGGGUCUUACAGGAACAAUUCCUCCUCACAUAGGGAAUCUGUCCUUCCUCGUUAGGCUCUCCUUGAGAAGAAACAAUUUUCAUGGUUCUCUGCCAAUUGAGUUAUCUAGAUUACGCCGGCUUGAAGAUAUUCACUUGGGAUUCAACAACUUUGGUGGAGAAAUCCCGUCGUGGUUUGGAUCAUUUACAGAGCUUCAAAGCUUGCAAUUGCUUGGUAACAAUUUCACGGGUGGCAUCCCAGUUUCUCUGUUCAACAUGUCAAAGCUAGAGAUGUUGAACUUGUACAAAAAUAGUUUGCAAGGAUACAUACCUGAAGUCAUUGGUAAUCUCCAAAAUUUGAAGACGCGAUAUUUGGAUAAGAAUGAGCUGUCAGGAUCUAUACCCUCCACCAUCUUCAACAUGUAUUCCUUGCAAAUGAUUGAUCUCAGUGAUAACCAGCUUUCGGGUUUGAUGCCUCUGACAAUUUUCAACAUUUCUUCUCUACGAAUUCUUGAUAUGGCGGUUAAUAACAUAACUGGUAAACUUCCUUCGGAGAUGUUCUAUCAUCUUCCAGGUCUAGAAGCACUCUACUUGAGUUGGAACACGUUCUUUGGAAGGAUUCCUUCAAGCCUAUUUCAGUGCACAAGGCUAGUGAAUUUAUCAUUGUCCCACAACUACUUUGAAGGAACCAUACCUGAUGAAAUCGGGAAUUUGACAAUGCUCAAAAUGUUGUAUCUCGGCAUCAAUGACUUGAAUGAAAUUCGCUUGGUAGGUGAAAUUCCACCUAGGGUAGGCGACCUGAGGAGUUUGGAGAUUUUUAGCUUACCACAGAACAGCCUAAUAGGAUCCAUUCCUCUGGCUAUUGUGAAUCUGACCCAGCUGAAGCUCAUUGAUCUUAUUUACAACAACUUGACAGGUACCAUUCCUGAGAUUGGUAACCUCAACAAGUUGGAAUCGUUACUUUUGGCAGCGAACAGUUUCGCUGGCUUUAUGCCCUCAUCGAUCUUCAAUAUCUCAACAAUGCAAACCAUUGCACUAUCCGUGAAUGGCCUAUCUGGCCAUCUUCCAACAAGCAUAGGCCGUUGGCUUCCAAAUCUUCAAUGGCUUGGGCUUGGAGGAAACAGACUCAGUGGACCAAUACCUACAUCUAUAUCCAAUGCUUCUCAGCUCACUGUCAUAGAAUUUAACUUCAAUUCCUUCUCUGGAUCUAUCCCUGAUUCGCUAGGUAAUUUAAGAAACCUGCAGCGACUCCACUUGUCAAACAACCGUUUAACCAUCGGAUCUUCAUCUUCUGAACUAAGCUUUCUAUCAUCUUUGACAAAUUGCAGAAAUCUGACUAAGUUGACAUUUGGACGUAAUUCUCUAAGUGCCACUCUUCCAACUUCUAUAGGAAAUCUAUCUGCUGCUCUUCAAGACUUCUCUGCUCAUGGUUGCAAAAUCAAGGGUACUAUUCCUGGAGAAGUUGGCAACUUAAGCUCUUUGACAUCGUUGAACCUUGACAACAAUGAUCUGACUGGAACUAUUCCAACCUCCAUUGGAAGGUUGACGGAGCUCCAAUCUCUGACCCUUAGUGACAAUAAACUACAAGGAUCUAUUCCAUCUGAGUUAUGUCAUUUAAAGAAACUAUCUUACUUAUAUCUUGGAGCUAAUCGUCUGUCUAGAUCUGUUGAGAUGAGUCAAGUAUAGAAACAGUUUUACUGUACUGUGUUGACUAGUUUCGUUUGAUUAGUUUAGUAAA